UCUUCUUUCAACAGCAACAACAGUUAGUCAGACACCUCCGUAGCUUGCUAGACAAAAUAUACGAACCAAUAAAGCUCUUUAGACGCUUUAGUGUAUAUUAGCCACUGUGUUUUAAACCCACUUCUGUCGUCUAGUUAGUUAUCCGAUUUAAUUGCAUAUUUGCGGUGUUGUUAUUAGUCAGCUAGCGGGCUGGUUAAGUUAGCAUUAGCAUAGCUAGCUAACAUCUCCGACAUCUCCAACAUCUCCGAUGUGUUCACUAAGCUACUCUCCUCCUGAUAAAGAAGAGGAUGUCUGCUGGACGGAGAAAGAGGGUCUGGUGAAAGAGGAGGGGGAAGAGGAGGCUGUUACAAUACAAAAACAAGUAGAGGGUGAGGUUGUUACCGUUAAAGAAGAGGAAGACUCGUUCAGGGUGAAAGAGGAGGAGGAUGUUACAGUAAAAGAAGAGAAAGAGGAGAAUGCUGUUUUUGGAGUGAAGGAGGGAGAGAUGACUGUCACACUGAAAAAGGAGGAAGAAGAGGAGGAAACUGGAUAUCUGGGCCCGGUUUCCCAAACGCAUCUUAAGGUGUCCGAUGGUUCUAAUGAUGAAGUUAGCCGUAAAAUGGUUUUGAGAAACCGUUCCUCGAUUUACACUAGAGAGAGACAGAACUACCGUGGAUCCUCUGGGGAGCCCCAACUACAUCACAAAGCUGACGAGGCAGAGAAGAGUCUCUCCACUUCAGAACAUCUCAAAUUCCAGCAGAGACCCACAGGAAUGAAACCUCACCACUGCUCUGUCUGUGGGAAGAGUUACUCAAGAUCAGAUUCACUAAAAGCACACCAGAGAAUUCACACUGGAGAGAAACCUUAUAGCUGUUCUCAAUGUGGGAAGAGUUUUACUACAUCUAGCCGUCUGACUAUACACCAGAGAACACACACAAGAGAUAAAUCUUUCCACUGCUCAGACUGUGGGAAGAGUUACUCAAGAUCAGAGUCACUAAACACACACCAGAAAAUUCACACUGGAGAGAAACCUUAUAGCUGUUCUCAAUGUGGGAAGAGUUUUACUACAUCUAGCCGUCUGACUACACACCAGAGAACACACACAGGAGAGAAAUCUUUCCACUGCGCAGACUGUGGAAAGUGUUUUCUGAUAUCAGGACAUUUAAAAUCACACCAGAGAAUACACACAGGAGAGAAGCCUUAUAGCUGUGAUCAAUGUGGGAAGAGUUUUAGUCACUUAAGCAGCCUGAUAGUUCACCAGAGAACACACACAGGAGAGAAGCCUUAUAGCUGUGAUCAAUGUGGGAAGAGUUUUACUCAGUCUAGUCAGCUGACUAGGCACCAGAGAACACACACAGGAGAGAAAUAUUUUAGCUGUGAUCAAUGUGGGAAGACUUUUACUGAGCCUGGUAACUUGACUAAGCAUCAGAGAACACACACAGGAGAGAAACCAUAUAGCUGUGAUCAAUGUGGGAAGAGUUUUACUGAGUCUGGUAACUUGACUAAGCACCAGAGAAGACACACAGGAGAGAAGUCACAUAGUUGUGAUCAAUGUGACAAGAGAUACUCUGAUAAUCGAUCUCUUAUUAAACAUCAGAAAAUACAUGAAGGAGUUGUUUCAUGAUAUCAAUGAAAUAAUGUCACAAUGUAGAAUGUUUUAACAUUGUAGUAGGAGUGUUCUAAUGAUGUCACAAUGUACAAUGUUUUAACAUUGUAGUAGGAGUGUUCUAAUGAUGUCACAAUGUACAAUGUUUUAACAUUGUAGUAGAAGUAUUUUAAUGAUGUCACAAUGUAGAAUGUUUUAACAUUGUAGUAGGAGUGUUCUAAUGAUGUCACAAUGUAGAAUGUUUUAACAUUGUAGUAGGAGUAUCUUAAUGAUGUCACAAUGUAGAACCCUAAACGUUUGUCCCCUGUUCUAUUGAUUUCAGCAUAAUAUGGAUAUUAGACUCAUCGGGGGAAAAAUCCAGGUUCUGAAUUGAAAGAGUUCUAUUUAUUUGAUUAACAAUAAAAGGAGUUGUUACCACAUUGACACUAUUUUAGUUUUUAAAUCAUCUUAUGUUUGUUGUGUAGUAAAUAUUUCAGUUUUUAUUUCCAUUGUUUUUAUUCGUCCAUGUCUGAAAUGUGCUGUAUAAAUAAAUCUUGAUAUAUAUUUUCAAAUUGCAAAACAAAUUAACCCAAUGACCGACUUCAACCCAAUGACCGACUUCAACCCAAUGACCGACUUCAACCCAAUGACCGACUUCAACCCAAUGACCGACUUCAACCCAAUGACCGACUUCAACGAAUCCAGUGGAUUUUUUGUUGAAAAGGAAAAAUGUUGAAAUCAACAAUACGUCAAAGGAUUCAACUCCUGAAAAACUGAAU